AUGCCUGCCAGACAGUGGGAAGACGAGGAGAGCGAUAGCAGCGCCAGCGGUUCUGCCUCCCCCAUCGUCGGUACCACCCGCCGCAAGUUCGAUGAUGAGGAGGGCGAUGACAGUGACAAGCGUGAGCGUCUCCGCCGCACCGAGAAGGACUCCGACAUGAAGCACGCCCAGGACCUCUUCGGUGACGUCGGUUCCGUCCCCGCCGGCCGCAAGGCUACUACUGCCGGCGCCGCUGUUGCCCUUGACGCCAGCGACCCUACCCGCACCGUCAACAUUGCCGACCUGCCCCUCUUCAAGCCUACCACCAAGACCCAGUUCGAGAACCUCCGCAACACCCUCGUGCCCAUCAUCGGCGCCCACUCCAAGAAGGCCCACUACGCCAUCUUCCUCCAGGAGUUUGCUAAGCAGCUGGCCAAGGAUCUUCCCAGCGAUCAAGUCAAGAAGGUUGCCUCCACUCUCACUGCCCUCAGCAACGAGAGGAUGAAGGAGGAGAAGGCUGCCCAGGGCGGCGGCAAGAAGACCAAGGCCUCAAAGAACAAGACGUCUCUUGUCGCCAACCGUGCUGAUGUCAUCGACACCAAGACUUACGAGGACGAUGGCUUCGGAGACUCUGCCUACCAGCUGCGCGCUUCGUACGACGCCGCAUCAAGCAUCAAGCGAAAUCGCCGACACUUCGGCGUCGCUGCCCACGUGUGCAUCCUCUCCCGCGCCAUGCUGAGAGGAAGGAGAAUAAGGAGGUCUGGACUUCGCCAGGGGCUAGAGGACGUCGGUGCAUGA